ACAACAUGAAAGGAAAAGUAUAGGCUACCUGCCUCUCAUUUAUCUCUCCUGUGUUGGUCGCUUUUAUGAAAGCAGUUCUCAGCGCACGACUCUCAACUCCGCCCCAUGUUUCCCCAAACUCUGACUGAACUUUCUUUAGUGGACUCUGUGCGUCACUCUCCACUAACCUGGCUUGGGAAAAUCACUGGACUGAACAACUGCUCCUGAAACACGAACAAUGGUUUGGCAGGAGCAAGGAUGGCUCCUAUGUGCGAGUUUUCUUGGAUUUGUGGCGUCGGUGCAGAGCAUAACGCGGGGAGAGCUUUUUCAUUACGGUCCAAGCGUAAGGGACCAGUUACUGGAAGCAGGGAAUGACCAGACGCACCGAGUUAAACUGGACAAGCCCGUUUUGUUUUAUGAUGGGACUUUCGACAGCAUCUUUAUCAACACCAAUGGGUUUGUUGCCACAGCACAGCCAACAAGCGAGUCGACAUAUCUUGGCAAUAUGCCCCCAAAAUUCGGCAUUAUUGCAGCUCUGCUAGGAGACCUGGACACAAGUGAUGGUGUGGGGAAGGUUUUCUUCCGUCAAGACUCCAGUCCUGAUGUUCUAACUCAGGCAGCCCAUUACAUCAACAGGGCCUUCCCUGAGGACGACGAAGUCAGUCCCACCCAUGCUGUGGUGAUCACCUGGGUUAAUGUCGCCACCCAAGGUGAACCUCAAAGCAGAGGAGAUGGCAUUGAGAAGAAGGGAAACACCUUCCAGCUGGUUAUUGCAUCCCUGGAGACUGCAUCGUACGCCAUUCUCCUGUACCCAAGGGAUGGGAUGCAGUUUUCCUCCACGCCUGUACAAGGCAGUAAUGUGGUCAUGCAUGCUGGCUUCAGUAAAGGUUCGGUGCGGGGUUUCCUGUUUUCCAGUCAGGGGCCAUACUACCGCACCACCACUGAUGACGAGGCAUCCGUCAGGGCUUUAACAGAAGAGACCAACUCUGGCCUGCGGGGUAUAUGGGUGUACGAGAUUGGAACUUCUCCCUAUUUUACCAACGUAGCUCCAGGUGAGGUCACUGACCUGCCCACAGAAGCCACACCACAGGGACCCCCUGAGGACUAUGAGGAAGCCGCUAAUGCAAGGAGGCCUGUGUAUAAUGAUGGACAGCAAGUGCAGUACCCUCCUUACGAGUCAGAAGGGGAGCAGAUCGAAGUCCACCCAAUUCAGUACCAGCCGCAUCAGCCUGACAACCAAGAAGUCUUGGUGGUGGAUGACCCAGAUAUAAAUGUAGAUGUGUUCUCAUACAACCUGGGGACAUGUGCGAGCAAUAGAAAUAAGUGUUCCCAGUUUGCUGACUGCAGGGACUACUCCAGUGGAUACUGCUGCUCCUGUAGACCUGGCUUCUAUGGCAAUGGGAUACAGUGUCUGGCAGAGGGAAAGCCACAGAGGAUGAAUGGUAAAGUGUAUGGAAAAGUGUAUGUGGGCAACUCUCCUUCUCCAGUGGAGUUCACCAGUAACGAUCUCCACUCGUACAUUGUGGUAAAUGAUGGCCGUUCCUAUGUGGCCAUCAGUGACAUCCCUUACACCCUUGGACCUUCACUGCAGCCCCUGUCAGCCCUUGGUGGUGUGAUUGGGUGGGCAUUUGCUCUGGAGCAGCCUGGCUUCAAGAAUGGCUUCAGUAUUAUUGGGGGGGAGUUCACACGGCAGGCUGAGGUGACCUUUUUGCCAGGAAAUGAGAAGCUGACCAUCAGGCAGGAGUUCAAAGGCAUCGAUGAGCACGACCACCUGGUGGUGAGCACCACCCUGGAAGGCCGGGUCCCUGAGGUGCUUCAUGGCUCCACUGUGCAGAUUGACCCUUACUCUGAGAUCUACCAGUACAGCAACAACUUGAUCACUUCAUCCUCAACUCGGGAAUACGUAGUGAGCUCGCCCGACGGCAACACUGACACCAGGACGUUCCAGUGGCGUCAGACCAUCACCUUCCAGAGCUGCCAGCAUGGCGAGUCUUUCAGAGACAUGAAACCCACUCAGAUGCUCAGCGUGGACCAGGUCUUUGUCAUGUACGACGCUGGUAAUAAUCUCAUCCGGUUCGCCAUGAGCAACAAGAUCGGGGAUAUCAAUGGAGGACAACCAGAGGAGAACCCAUGUUUCACUGGAAGACACGGCUGUGACACCAACGCUGUGUGCCGACCUGGACAGGAGACUCAGUUCACCUGCCAGUGUGCUGCUGGCUUCAACGGUGAUGGCCGCACAUGUUAUGACAUUGAUGAGUGCGGAGAGAAUCCUAGGAUCUGUGGCUCCCACGCUAUCUGCAACAACCAGCCUGGGACCUUCCGUUGUGAAUGUGAAGAUGGGUAUCAGUUCGGCAAUGAUGGGCAGACCUGCGUUGAGGUUAAGCGACCUGUGGAUUCCUGUGAAGACGGCACCCAUAACUGUGACAUUCCUGAGCGCGCUCAGUGCAGCUAUUCCGGGGGCUCGUCCUACAUCUGCUCCUGCCUGCCAGGGUUCAUAGGAGAUGGCAGAGCCUGCCAAGACAUAGAUGAGUGCCAGCCAGGCAGGUGCCAUCAGGACGCUGUGUGUUAUAACACCCAGGGAUCAUUUACCUGCCAGUGCAGGCCAGGUUACCAUGGCGACGGCUUCUACUGCUCUCAAGAGAGGACAAAAACACAAUGUGAGAACCACAGAGACAGUCUCCAGGGUUCGUCGGAGUUUGGUCCGCGAGGCCCCCGACCUCCCGUUGGACAGUACAUCCCUACAUGUGACGAGAACGGUGCCUAUGUACCCAUGCAGUGCCAUGGCAGCACGGGACACUGCUGGUGCGUGGACCGUAACGGGCGGGAGAUCCCCGGGACUCGCUCUGGGCCUGGCAGCAGACCAAUGUGUAUCGACAACGGUGUUGUGCCACCACCUGUUGGACCUACCACUCGACCCGAUGUCCACCCCCUGCCUCCAGGAACACACCUGUUGUUUGCCCAGAGCGGCAGGAUAGAGCAUAUCCCGCUGGAAGGUUAUGUUAUGAAGAAGGGCGAUGCCAAGGCUGUCCUCCAUCUCCCUGAGAAGGUAAUCAUCGGAGUGGCUUAUGACUGUGUGGAAAAAAUGGUCUACUGGACUGAAAUCACAUCUCCCUCAAUCAGCAAGGCCAGCAUCCAGGGGGGAGAGCCCAUUGCAGUCAUUAGAUCAGAUGUGGAUAGUCCAGAGGGUAUCGCCAUCGACCACUUGGGACGAACUAUGUUCUGGACGGACUCUAUGAAGGAUCGCAUCGAGGUGGCCUCUUUGGACGGGUCUCAGCGUCGUGUUAUAAUAGACUCUGAUCUUGUCAACCCCCGUGCCAUUAUCACCGACCCUCCCAAUGGUAAUCUAUACUGGGCCGACUGGAACCGGGAUGCCCCUAAGAUCGAGACCUCUUACAUGGAUGGAUCCAACAGAAGGGUGCUGGUUAAAGACGAUCUUGGCCUGCCAAACGGCUUGACUUACGACUCUCAGAGCUCUCUGCUUUGUUGGGUAGAUGCAGGCACACAUAAAAUGGAGUGCACACAUCCUGGCCACGGUGACCGCAGAAAGAUUAUGGAGGGCCUUCAGUACCCCUUUGGAAUCACAUCUUUCGGGAAGAACAUCUACUACACUGACUGGCGGAGAGAUGCCGUGAUUGCUGUGGACCGCCAUGCUGGCAAGGAGUUAGACGAGUUCCAGCCUCAGAAACGAACCAAGAUAUAUGGGAUUGCCACAGCCUAUGCCCAGUGUCCGUCAGGACAAAACUACUGUGCUGUGAACAACGGGGGCUGUACUCACCUCUGUUUAGCAACCCCUACCGGCCGCUCCUGCAAAUGUCCUGACAACGCAGUGGGUGUGGGCUGUGUGGACAGAGACAGCGGGUACUGAAAGGAGGCGGCUGUGCUCUGAGAGUUUACACUGUUGUAGGAGUCACUCAGCAUUACUAAACUGAAAAUGCCACUGAAAACCAGAGGUUAACUUACUGAGCCUUUUUAUUGCUCAGUGUUAUGCUUAUCUACAUUUUUACGUUUCCCUUUAUAAAAUCACAACUGCCGUUGAGAAUUGUAAAUAUAAACACUAUUGUUUUUGUCUUUUCCUGAGUGCACAUAAAAUGAGAAUAAAGCUCAAGGGAUACAUAAUUUACUGUGACAUUGAUCAGAGAAAUGCAUGGUAUCAUCUAAUGUCAGUUUUGUUACACUGUGGCAUGUUCGGAUUAGUUUAUCUCAUGGAAGUAUUAUUGUGGAAUAGGACAAGUGUCUGUACAAGUUGGUGGGGGGAGUUUACAUGCUGGGCAGCAAAAGAAUAAACAUUUUUCUAACA